AUGUCUUCUUCUUCAUCUUCUUCUUCUUCCUCCUCUGGCGACAGCCCCAAUCAUCACAACCAUAAUGCUGGUGCUGAUCCUGGCCCUAGCUCCAGAACUUUCUCAGAUUCUGGCCAGCCCUCUUCGUCUCGUCCACGUCGUGCCAUGAAUGAACUCUGGCCUGAUCCUUUUCUCGAAGACUUAACUGUCCAAGUCGCCAUUGAUGCUGCUCGCUCUUCUGGUAUUGUCUCUGCAGCUACUUCACUUGCCAACUUAUUUCAGGUUUGUUCGAGGUGGCAGGCUGUAUCCCGGUCGGAUCGCCUGUGGCAGCGGCUGACCGGAAGGAUAUGGCGGCGCACUGAUCGAACGCGAGACACGUGGUACGAAGAGUUCAUUCACCGGCAUCGAAUGGCCAGGAAUUUCGUCGCUGGCAGAUACGCUUACGCCUCUUUGUGGUUCGGCCCGUCAGACAGGGACGACGACCACUACAGCACCGUUAUCUGCCGCUGCCUCACCCUCUCCGAUGACCAUCUCGCCUGCGGCUUCACCGACGGCACCGUCCGCCUCUUCGACCUUGAUACGCGGGUCCACUUCAGGACGUACCGGUCCCACCAAGCCAACCGCUUAGGUCCCUUCGCGAGAUCCGUGUCUGGCAUCGUGCUCUCAGACAACAAGCUCGUCUUCGCCACGCUGGAUGGCGACAUCUACGUGGCACACCUCGACGAGCCCAACAAUGAUACACGUAGGGCACGCAUCGGUGACGUAGUCAACAGCGGAGUCCUCGUAGAGUUCGCUGGCCGCGGCCGCUGGUGGGUAGGACUCUUCGCCGGAGUUGCUGGCCAGGCUUUUCAGAUAUGGGACGCUGAAAACGAACAACUCGUGUUCAUUGGCGGAUCCUUGACCGACCCGGAAGCUGUCAUGGGUUGGCACAUGUUGACGGAGUUUGUCGAACCGUUGGGCCGGCUUCGGGUCACGAACCGGGGCCUGGCGGUGGCGUGCACGAGCUCACAACUCGUAGUGUUGGACCUGACGAACCAGAUUUUAUUGAACGAGCUCUCGUCCUCUGUGGGAGGCUUCAUCGUGAUGUCGAUGGACGUGAGCCAUGAGGCGUUCUUUGUCGUGGAAAGGAACGGCGACGCUAAGGUGCGCCGUGCGAGCACGUUAGAGCUGCUAUGUGAAUUCAGGACACGUCAGUUGAGGGGUUUGAUGGGGUGUAGGAACUUGGGGUACGCGCUAACGUGCGCCAGCGGUGUAGUGAAGGUGUGGGACGUGGAGCGACGGCGGGGACAACGGCGUUCGACGGUGGAAGAGAGGGUGGGUGAGGGGAGUGCUAUGGUGUGCACUGAGAGACACGUGGCGAUUUCUUGUAAUGACAGGUCGAUACACCUAUGGGAUUUCGAUGUAUAAGGGGAAACCAGAGGGGGAGAGGCGUCUUCUUCCUUCUCAUCCUCUGCUCUUUCCAUUCUUAAUUUUUAAUCAUGAACUCAAAAAUUUGGAUGAUUUGAUCUC